ACGGCAUGCGAAGGGGAGUGCAGGAUCAGGAUGUUAUGACGGAAAAUAGAUAUCACUCGGUUUCGAUCAGAACGGGAAGUCCGCCGGUGAUACGUACAAUACCUACAUUAUGCGUGCGCCGACACGCCCCUUACAUGCUUCAGUCAGAGGUUCACUCUCAGUGUAACAUUUGGCAACAUGACUUUUCCUUUUCCCUUUUCGCGCCACUUCAGCACGGAUAGUGCCGCUACAGAGAAUCGGUGGCUUUUCCUCGACCAACAAGCCGUGAUUUUCCUACUGAUCUCGGGUGCCUUUUGUAUCUACGUCUUGAAGGUCGUCGCCUCGAGUGUUUCUACGGUUAAGGCGCCGGUCGUUGGUUAUAGGUCUUUCGCUGAACCCAAUUGGCUUGUUGGGUUGCGGUUCUUCCGCAACAGUGUUGUGAUCAUUAAUGAGGGAUAUGGGAAGUAUAAGAAUUCAAUGUUCAAGAUACGACGCAACGAUGGAGAAAUCUUGAUUAUUUCAAAUAAGCACGCAGAUCAUAUUCGCAGCUUGCCCGAGCAUCAAGUCAGCGGCCUCGCUGCCCAUGUUAAGAAUUUAUCUGGCCAAUUUACCAAUACGACCAUAUUGUUAGAGGGUGAUCUUCUUACACGCGUCAUUCAGCAGAGACUAACGCCGAAUCUGGCCCUUGUGGCCCUGUGGAUGAAGGAAGAACUGGAUUAUGCGAUCAAGGUCGAGGUCCCAGAGUGUCAAGAUGAAUGGGUUAGCGUAUCGAUCCACGAUAUCCUGCUCCGUCUCGUGAACCGAGUGUCGGCCCGCGUCUUCCUCGGCCCAGUCGCAUGCCGAAACGAAGAAUGGCUAUCAACUAGCAUCCGAUAUACUGAGAACAUCCAGGGGGUGAUACUAACUUUGCGCAUGUUGCCAACGUACAUGCAUUAUUUCGUGGCUCCUUUACUGCCCGCAUACUGGCGUGUACGUGCGAACCUCGCAACUGCGAAGCACAUCAUCGGCCCGAUCGUGCGAAAGCAUCAGGCUGCCGGGAACGGUAAGGCUAGCUAUGACGGAACGGAGGAUAUUCUGCAGUGGAUGAUGCACAUGGGAAGCGUUAGCGAGAGCAGACCAAAUAAACUGGCUCAUAGACAACUGUUGCUGAGUAUGGCCGCGGUUCACACCUCAAGCAUGUCUGCUGCCCACGCCAUGUAUGACCUUUGUGCAUACCCUCAGUACUUUGACCCCCUUAGGGAGGAGCUGGAAUCAACGUUGAAGAGUAGCGGUGGCUGGACAAAGCCUGCCAUGCCCAAGCUCCGGAAGCUAGACAGCUUUCUCAAGGAGUCGCAGCGGGUCAACCCUCCCGCCUCAUUUGCGUUCAACCGCAUCGUGCGUGAGCCUCUGCGGCUUGCUGAUGGCACGAUUCUCCCACCCGGGACGCACAUAGCCAUGGCCUCAGACGCGAUCCUUAACGAUCCAGAAUACCUGCCAGGGGAGAAUACUGAAUUUGAACCAUUUCGAUGGGCCCGUCUGCGCGAUGAUCCCGCGCACCCCGAGAACGUCCACCGCUAUCAGUUUGCGACAACUGAUAGCAACAAUCUUCACUUCGGGCAUGGAAAAUACGCCUGCCCCGGCCGCUUCUAUGCAGGUCAGCAGAUCAAGAUGAUACUUGGUCAUUUGAUACUACUGUACGAUUUCAAGUACCCAUUCGGCCAGGGCAGGCCGCGUAACCUAUGCUCUGAUGAGAAUAUAUACCCGGACCCGUUGGCUAAGGUGCUUAUACGAAGACGGAACGAAAAGUAGAUGUAGAUGACUGGCUAGUAGUAGCGACAGCUGAGGCAAUCGUUCCUCUCGAGUUAAUCAUUAAUCCUAAAUUUAGUUCAUUCAGGAUUAAUCAUAAUAGGAGACAUGUGCGCACAACACGCAACUCUUAUCA